ACACCAAUUAAAAAAAAACAAAAUUUCUCUGCUCGAUUUCUCUCUGAUCGUUAAAAAAAACAAAUGCUGGAAGCUGCUGAUAACUCGAAUGUCCUCGGCAGAGGAUACUCUCAUCAGCUUCAGAAUUGCUUCGGAGAUUGCAGCAGCGAAGAAGAGUUAACGGUGCUGCCACGUCAUACCAAAGUGGUCGUCACCGGAAACAACCGUACCAAAUCUGUCCUCGUCGGUCUUCAAGGCGUCGUUCAGAAAGCUGUCGGACUCGGUGGUUGGCAUUGGCUGGUUUUGACGAAUGGAAUCGAAGUGAAGUUGCAGAGGAAUGCGCUUAGUGUCAUUGAAGCUCCUACUGGGAAUGAAGAAGAUGAUGAUGAUGUUGAAGUUGAGCAUACGCAAUGGAAUCCCUCUGAUAUGACAUGUGAAGACACUUUGAAGCCUCACAAGUCGAAGCAAAGAGGAUACAGAUCCGCGCGGUUGUCACACAAGGCAAUGUGCAGGGCCUUGUCUUGUGACUCACACUCAAAAAGCUCGAGCGUUACUCCUCGUGGGAACAUGAAGGUUGAUCUUAGCAAAUUGGAUACGCCUGCGUUACAGAGAUACAUACGGCAUUUUAACCUCGUUGAUGUACUUCCUAACCCAUCAAAGGAGCAGCUACUUGAGAUUGUUCAGAGACACUUCAUGUCUCAGGAGAUGGAUGAGCUUCAGGUUAUUAUGGGUUUCGUUCAAGCGGCCAAAGGAAUGAAGAAAGCUUGCAGGUGGAAAUCAAGAGAGCACUGAUCUUAAGUUCUUAACUGCAACAGCUAAAGCUCUUAAAUGGACUAACAGACGGUCACAUAUUUUUAAAACCGUGGCUUAAAAAAGGUUGAUUAGUAGUUAAGCCUCUGUCUCUUUUGGGUUAACAGUAGAUGUUGUUAUUGCUCACUCAUGUAAGUACAAUCAAGAAGCAAUGACCUAAAAACAAAGAAACCUUCUAAUCUCUAA